CACAGUUUGUCUUUUGUCAGUCGUUCAUUAGUUUCCUCGUUAAAUACAAGUGAUAACAAAGACACAGGGAUUCCUGCAGCUACAGAGGCUGACAGAUAAGACUUGUGGAGACAAAGGUGAAACGCUCUCUCUGUCCUGUGUGACUGACAGGUGUUCUGGUGGUGAACGUGACGUGGAGGAAGAGAACAUACGUGGGAACCUUGUUAGACUGCACCAAACACGACUGGGCUCCGCCGAGAUUUUGUGAGUCACCCUCCAGUGACCCAGAGUUGCCAGGCGGACGUGGCCGGGGGAAACGGAUGCGAAUGGCCAUGGCUGAGCGGCCCUGCAUUGAGCCGGCUCCCGUUGCCAAAGUCCGAGGUCUAACACAGCACAGGAGCCGUGGAGGAGGUGUGGCUGGAACCGCCGCGCCGAUCCACAGCAAGGGACGGAGAGGUAGCCUCAACCUCAUCAACAGCAGCUGCCGAACUCCACCUUCUUUCUUCACCGUGGAUGAUGUGAAAUCUUCCCAUAGCUCCCCCACCCUUUCUUCUGGGAAGCGAAAGAACAAACCUCCGGCUGACCUGGACCUCAGCAUGGUCUCUUCUGACGACAUUAAAAAUGGAAAUGGGAAGCGGAUUCGAGCCAAAUCCCGCAGCGCCCCGUCCACACCCCAGGGCAAAUCUGACCCUUCAUUCAUGGAUCCAGGGGGAGGUUGUGCCUCUUCUCCACCCCCACCCAUUCUCAUUGACUGUCCCCACCCCAACUGCACUAAACGCUACAAGCACAUCAACGGACUGCGCUACCACCAGACACAUGCACACCUGGAGGCUGAGGAGCAGAGGAAGCCGGAGCUGGAGCCCAUGAAGGAUGGAGAAAGUGAGGAACGACUAUCGGACUGUGAGGACACCAUCAGCAACAUAACAUAUGACCUCACAGAGCCGAACAACAGCACUAAUGCCAACAGUUCCUCAAAGAAACCUGCACCUCUGUACAAGGUGACCACAGUAGGGUCUCCAAAGAACAGACGGCUACUCCUGAGUACCGACCACAGCCCCACAGCUAACUCUAAAACCAGAAGAACCUCACUGCUAAAAGAUGGGCUUAUUGAUGACCUCAGCAAUCUGCCCAUCAUCUCCAACAUGACCGUGGUUCUGGAGAACUGCAUGGUCCCAGACCGGAACUCUAUGGUAGAGAUGCCCAAACUUGAAGCUGAAGGUUUGAUCGACAAGAAGGGAGGUGCAUGUGAUAAAGGCAAGAAGGCCAAUGGGAAGGUAGAGAAGCUAAACAAGUCACGGACCAACAGGCCAAUUGCUCCAGCUCCUGCUCCUCCCAAGCUCAUCGCCAUACCCAAUGCAACGUAUCCCACCGGCACAGCAGAUCCUGCCACCUCACAGCAGCCCUCUCCCAUAGCAGCUGUGGGCCUCACAAGUAAAAACCUUCCUCUAAAACCCAUCAAACCAAAGCUGAGCAUUGUUGUGGAGCCGAGUCUGGUCAAAGCAACCCUGGUUACCUGCAGCAAAGAGACCAGGAAGAAAGAAAAGCGGAGGCUGAAGGACAAACAUAACAAAGAGGAGCCCGCCAGGACACCUAAUGGAGACAGCAGCGGGAUCAAAAUGGAGGAUGGUGGCAGUGGAUCUAAAAUGGGUGUCAAGGAAAUUUCUGGAAGCCUUCUGAAGGAGCACCUCAGUAAGCAGGACGUGAUGAAUGGACUUACGGAGAGUCAAGAGAGCAGGAUGGCCAGUAUCCGUGCAGAGGCCGAUAAGGUCUACACCUUCACCGACAAUGCCCCCAGUCCCUCCAUUGGCAGUUCAUCCCGGCUCGAUGCAACUGGUAGUUGCCUCGUAGUAGCUGACAGCAGCAGCAAGAACAACAGUCCCGCUUACUCUGACAUCUCAGAUGCCGGGGAUGAUGGAUCCUCUGAAUGUCGGUCAGAUGGGCUCAGGUCCAAGUCUAGCUCGUCUGCCUCUUCUGACGUGAGCUCUAACGGUACCCAUGGGAACUCUGGUAAAACCCCUCCCUCUUCAUCUGCCCCAUCAUCAAAAGACUCCCAAUCUCCAUACUACCACAGCUACGAACCCUACUACCUGCCGGGGUACAUGCAGACGGAAAGGCAGAACAGCAGCAGUGUUGCUUUCCACAAAAGCUCUGCCCAUGACGGCAAAGGGAAAGACAGAAAGGAAGACGUGAAAGAGGAUGACAAAAGCUCUUCCAAUGAGUUCUUGGACUCUAAGAAAGGCGACGGGCCGCCUCAAUCCCAGCUACAGCUGGCGAUGAGUCAGACCCAGACUGCUUUAGCCCAGUCCCUGUACUAUGGCCAGUACUCCAGAGGACUUUACAUGGACCAGAAACUGUUACUGGCCUCCAAAUGCUGUGACCAGCCACCGGUUGCCAAGCAGAGGGGCGAGAGGGGACAGGGGUUGAGAGACAGUGAGGACCUUAAACAUAUGGUUGGAGGCUCAGCCAGUGGACCCAUGCUAGGGAAGGGUCCAGACGGUGCUAAAGGCUGCUGUCCCAAACCCAUCCUGUCCUACGUGGAGAUGAGUGAGAGAGGAGAAAGGGGGCAGGGUCUGAGCUUAAAGGCGGCUCACGGUGGAAUGGUGGACCAGCACCAGGUCUCGAUGAAAGACUGUGAUGACAUCAAGUCACCCUCUUCUUCCUCUUCUUCAUCACUCCACAACCCAAACAGUCAGACAGAUCUGGACUCAAAUGUUUCCUUUUCCAGUCCCUCAGACGGACCGGCCUGGGCUCACCGCCUCGCUCACAGCAAAUACUCAGAGCUGCAACACGGAGAGGAGGCAGAGGAGGGGGAAGCAGACAGGGGCAAAGAAUGGGGAGCUACCGUGGAGCCGGCCGGGGCCAAGAUGACCUCAGGGGGAGGAGACAGAGGACCAAGCGGGGACACUAAAAAAGCCAGGGUCCAUGGAUCCCACGAUCUCCCAGCAGCCAUCGACUCGGAGGACUCAGACCGGCUGGAGGGGCUGGACGAUCCGGGUCAGGAGCCAAUAGGAGGGCUUUCUGAGGAGUCUCAGAGUGCCCGGGCAGCGGUGUCUCCUCCCAUGACCCCCCAGCAGCCCUACAUCCAGUACCAGCACUCCUCCUACCCGCCCUACCUGGCGAUGUGCGAGAGCAGCGGGGGCUCCUACAGAGGGGUGUCCCCAACGCUGGUCCACAGUUACCCAGGUUUCCACUACCCUCUGUACGGAAAGACGGCCGGCAGGGAGGAGUCGGAGGUGACUCCACCCGGCAGAGGAGGGGCGGUGAGCAGCAAGCAGAGCAGCGACUCCACCCCAUCGUCGGCCAUGGAGCUGCUGCAGCAACAGAGCCACCAGUACCAUGGAAAAUCUCCUGCUGUGAGACUUCCACUUUACCGCAGCAUCACACACACACCUGAUGUCUGACGUAGAGAAGGAAUCAAGAUUUAAAUCCACUCUUGUACAGAGUGACACUAAUGCUUCACUCACUUUAACUGCUGCAGUUCCAUUUAACACUCAGGACAUUUACAAUAUCUUGUAAUGGCUUUAUUAAGUUCCUGGCAGGAGAGACCGUACAUCAUAAUAUGAGGCUGACACGCUCACGCUCAUAUCUCUGCUACGUUAACACAU